UUUUCUCACUCAGGUCAUUCAGACAGUUCAUGCUUCGUAACGUUUUAGAUGAAAGAGCGUGCAGGUGAAAAGAAAUACAGUAUCUCGAGCCUCUUGUGUUAAAAGCUGUUACAUUUAUGUCUUGCCUAUUCAGCAUUAGCGAGACUUUUUUUUAACUCUCUGUUUCACCUGUAAGGACAGGCAUUUUCACAACGGUAACUGGUACUUUUGCUCACCUGUUAGUAACUUUUCACUAAUUAUGGCCACGCGCGUUCGACCGAGUAAUAAACGGUGUACAGUCAUCGGGGGGUCUGGUUUCCUGGGCAGACACUUGGUGGAGAAGCUGCUGGAUCGAGGCUACUCUGUUUCUGUGUUUGACAUCCGGCAGAGCUACGAGCUGCCUGGUGUUUCCUUCCACCAGGGAGACCUCUGCGACAAACAGGCUCUGCUGCCAGCUAUGAAGGAUGUGUCCCUGGUCUUCCACUGUGCCUCCCCAGCCCCUGCCAGUGAUGACCGCAGGCUGUUUGAAAGGGUCAACAUUCAGGGCACACGCACUGUCAUUCAGGCUUGCAUCGAGGCAGGAGUGCAGAAACUGGUCCUGACAAGCAGCGCCAGUGUGGUGUUUGAAGGGACAGACAUCAAGAAUGGGAGAGAGGACCUGCCUUAUGCCAAGAAGCCCAUCGACUUUUACACAGAGACCAAGAUUGAGCAAGAAAAGUUGGUCCUCGAGGCUUGUGACAAAGACAAGGGUUUCCUCACGGUUGCCAUCCGGCCUCAUGGCAUCUUUGGGCCUCGGGAUCCACAGCUGGUUCCUAUUCUAGUGGACACGGCUCGAAGGGGCAAGAUGAAGUUCAUCAUUGGUGAUGGGAGCAAUCUGGUGGAUUUCACUUUUGUGGAGAAUGUAGUUCAUGGCCACAUCCUGGCUGCUGAACACCUGAAGUCAGACUCUCCCAUAUGUGGGAAACCAUACCACAUCACCAAUGAUGAGCCAAUUAGAUUCUGGGACUUCAUGUCUGAGGUGUUGGUCGGUCUGGGAUAUGCUGCUCCCCGCUACCACCUCCCCUACACUCUUGUGUACGGACUGGCCCUGCUCCUCUGGCUGCUGGCCCUCAUCCUGCGCCCUCUAGUGUCCUUUAAACCCACCUUUACACCAAUGAGAGUGGCUUUGGCUGGAACCUACCAUUACUACAGCUGCGAGCGUGCCAAGCAGGACAUGGGCUAUAAACCUGUGGUCAGUCUGAAGGAUGGGAUAGCGCGCACAGUGCAGAGCUACCCUCACCUCAGACAAAUAGCUUGAUGGUAGAAUGGAAGUGAAGACUGUUGAAACUUGUAAGGCUGUACACACUGACUGAGAAUAAGGUGAUCAGCUCACCCUAAAUGGAAACUUCAAAACAAGGGAAUGGACAAUUUACCUUUAUCCAAACCUUACAAUGUUUAGCAUUAUUGUGCCUGUCCAAUUUUUACACACCAUCUUCACCAGCAGAUGGCAGCAAACGGUUCUGCUUUUAGUCAACACAGAAAUCUGGCCUAUCCAAAGUUUUAAAGCACUUAGUAAAUAGUGAAACAACUGUUUAUGUCAACAUAAAUAUAUUGAUUGUAUACUGUGACGACUGCAACAAUAUUUUCAGGUGUUUCACCUGUGUGCUGUCUAUCUGUUGAGAUGCUGCUGUUUAUGUCAAAAUGCCUUAAAACAUUACACCAAACCAUGACACACCUGUUACAACUGACAUGAAAAUAAUUUGUUUAAAAUGAUGACUGGAUUUACAUCAUAUGUCCAAAAUUAUGUGGACAGGGGUAUGGUUUUCAUCUGGGGUGAUUCAAAUUUAUUUGGGGAUAAGCUUGUUUGAAUUAAGCAGUACACACAGAAACCUUAGCCAAUAGUGUGCUUCCAACAUGUGGCACCAGGUUGCUUUCACCACGUUCCUAAAUCUUGUGGAAUCUUAACAAAUUUAUAGGUUUAUAUUCUUUAAAGUUUGUCCCCUAUGCACAUUAAAAAAGUUUUGGGUU